CCGUAGGAACGUUAUCUGCCCAAUCCUACCCACAACGCAGUCACCGGAGAGAGAGCAACGAAGCGACGGAGAUGAUGGCUCUCGGAAUCUCAUCGCCGACGUCCUCCUCAUCUCAUCAAAUCCUUGCUUCCUUCUCGUUUCUCAGGGUUUCGCCUCCAGUUCUUUCCUCAAGGGCUUCGUCCUUCAGCGGAAUCGGACUUGGGGCCGCAGUUCGAGUUCCGACGCUGUGCUACAGUGCCCGCGGAGGAAGGCUGGUGGUGAGGAUGGCGAAGAGGGAAGAGGAGAUGAAGGAGAUACGUACGAAGACGACGGAGGAGAUCAACGAGGAGGUAAUCGACCUUAAGGGGGAGCUCUUCAUGCUCCGGCUCCAGAAAUCUGCGCGGAAUGAGUUCAAAUCUAGUGAGUUCAGACGGAUGCACAAAAGGAUUGCUCGAAUGCUAACAGUAAAAAGGGAGAGGGAGAUUGAGGAGGGAAUAAACAAAAGAUUGUCCAGGAAACUCGACAAGAAAUGGAAGAGAAGUAUCGUUGUUCGGCCACCUCCAUCUCUAAGGAAGAAGCAAGAGGAACAAAAGGCUGCAGAAGCAGAGAAGUCAUCGUAGGCCAACAUCACAUUCACAGACGAGUAAAACUAGCGCCAUGUUCACGUCUCUUGCUGUAUUACUCGUUAGAUUGUGGAAUUUGUCUUGUUACUGUGCUACCUGCAACCGAGUUCUGUUGAUUAACAGAUGGUGGUGAAUAUUUUGAUUUGAUUGGGAAAUGGUAGUCGAAUUCAUCUU